CUUACAUGCCCAUCCCCAAGAAGACCCCUUAGAGCACACACACGCACACACUCCCAAGGGCUUUUUGCAUAGAACUUGAACACACUUACAGGAGCGGUAAUAUAUUUGGGACAAGCUUAUUUUGGUGGCUUUUUUUAGAAAGAAAAAUGGCCAACUCUGGAAUUCAGCUUUUGGGCUUUUUCAUGUCCCUGAUUGGCAUCGUGGCCCUGAUUAUAGGUACCAUUCUGCCCCAGUGGAAGAUGUCAGCCUACAUUGGGGACAACAUCAUCACGGCCGUGGCCAUGUACCAGGGACUGUGGAUGUCCUGCGCCUUCCAAAGCACCGGGCAGCUUCAGUGCAAGAUCUACGACUCCAUCCUGCAGCUCGACAGCUCUCUGCAGGCCACCAGGGCGCUGAUGAUCGUGGGCAUCAUCGUGUCGGUUGCGGGCCUGGGCGUGGCCUGCAUGGGCAUGAAGUGCACCACCUGCGGAGGGGGCGACAAACUCCGCAAGGCUCGCGUUGCCAUGACAGGGGGCAUCAUCCUGCUAGUGGGAGGACUGUGUGCCAUUGUGGCGUGCUCUUGGUUUGCUCACAACGUGAUCCGGGCCUUCUACAACCCCUACACCCCCGUCAACACCAAGUUUGAGUUUGGCGCCGCCAUCUUCAUCGCGUGGGGCGGCUCCCUCCUGGACGUCCUGGGCGGCACGAUGUUGGCUGCCUCCUGUCCGCGAAAGAAGCAAGCGUCCAAGUACCCGUCCAUUGCUAGCUCUCGCUCCGCGCCUGGAAGCAGCAAUAAGGAAUAUGUCUAAAUAUGCCCCCCUCCCUCCCUAAUUCUUAUUAUUGUUAUACAAAGAGUCAAAGUUUUUAUUACUGUAUUAGUUAAAGUGGGACUUUUUUCCUCAUGUGUGCCUUUAAUAACUUCUUGAUGAUGACUCAGCACUGUUUCACACAGUCCUAAUAUCCCAGUGCUACAUGACAACACACUGGCAAGAUGCAAGACCAUGCAUGCAUCUUUCGCAAUCCAAUUUGAGUCAAGCUUUUGUAUGACUUAACUUUAUUUUUUACAAUAUGCAGAGGUCCAUUAAAAAUUGAGCCGCGGGCCGAAAAAAGCCCCCUGGCCGCACUUUGGACAACCCUGGUGUAGCCACAUGCGUGUAAUAAGCCACUAGGAGAUCAAAUGGGUUUGCAACUAUUUAUUUUUGCCAAAUGUAGGAUGACUUUUACACUUCCAAGAUGGAUUUUUUUUUUACAUUACAUACUCUGCAUGUAUAGCAUAUGUUUGUGUCAAAAAUAAAGGUUGUGCAACAUUAUCCAUGGUGAUGUAAUAAAAAAAAAUG